GGGCGGCGUAACGGGGCUUCGCUUCGCCGGCUCCCUCACAGCCGGGCCCGGUAAACCUCCCGCCGGCGGCGGCCCCCGGCAGCCGUGUGUCUGGCAGCUCCUGGCCGCGUCCCACGGCAGCCCCGGCCUACUCAGCGCCAGCCCAGCGCCGGCCCGUUGGGAAGGUGGUGUUCCUCUGCCGCCUCCUUUGUAGUCCAGAGGUGUCUAGAUAGCUCCAUCGCUCACUGCGGCCUAAAGUCAUCUUCAGGGAAUGGUUUUCUCUGAGUACAGUGAGGCAUUGCUGGGAUUCGGGGGCUGUUGGUAACCAGGCAGCAGCUGGAUGUGAGCGAGUGUUCGCUGUGCUAGGGAGAGCCCUGCGUCGGCUAAGCAGGAGUGGAGAACAAUUGCAGGAUAGUGUCCCUGCCCUGUCUGUGCACUGUCCGUGAGGGUUUUUUGCUUAGGUUUCCUUACCAGUUCGUACAAUGCAAAAUGAGUGUGCAGAUGACCAUGCUGAUCUGUCUUUGCAGACAGGUCUGAGAGGUAUCCUUCAGGAUUACAACAGGAAAAUACAACUGAAAUCCAGUAGUACCUUGCCUGUCUCUCUGACUGGAAUGAAAAGCAACAUGCUCAUUGUGAAGAGACCUUUCAGCACUUCACACUCAUCAGUGGAUUCAAAGGAAAUGAAAAAAUUCCAGCUCCUUGCGCAUAAGUGGUGGGAUGAAGAAGGAGAAUAUGCAGCCCUUCAUUCUAUGAAUGAUAUUAGAGUGCCAUUUAUUAGAGAUACUCUGUUGAGCAUGAGUAGUAAUUAUCAUCCGGGAAAUCCACUUUCUGGAAUCAAGAUUCUUGAUGUGGGCUGUGGUGGAGGACUGCUGAGUGAGCCUUUAGGUAGACUGGGAGCUUCAGUUACUGGAAUUGAUCCUGUGGAGGACAACAUUAGCACAGCAGAUCGGCACAAGUCAUUUGAUCCGGUCCUGGCCAAGAGAAUACAGUACAAGUCCAGUUCACUGGAGGAGAUUGUGGAAGAGUCUAUGGAAACCUUUGAUGUAAUUGUAGCUUCUGAAGUAGUGGAGCAUGUGGCUGACCUUGAAAUGUUUAUCAAGUGUUGCUCUCAGGUGUUAAAGCCAGAAGGUUCUUUAUUCAUUACGACAGUCAAUAAAACACAAUUGUCCUACGUCCUGGGAAUUGUGGUUGCAGAAAAAAUAAUGGGGAUUGUACCAGAAGGAACACAUGAGUGGGAGAAGUUUGUUUCCCCUGAAGAGCUGGAGCGCCUCCUGGAAUCAAAUGGCUUUUCAGUCAGGACCGUGAAUGGGAUGUUGUAUAAUCCGCUCUCGGGCUCCUGGGGCUGGAUGGAGAGCACGAGCCUGAACUAUGCACUGCACGCAGUGAAGUCUGGGGCUCGGGCACGGUCACACACGACAGACGCCCCGCCAGAGACAGACAUUCAACAGCGCUCAGCCACAGCUGGCACAGCUGGCACUGUCCCAGAUGGCACUGUCUGACAUGUGUGGUGAUGGACUGUCACUAGAACAGAAAAUGAGCUUUUACUCAGAUGGACACAAUAAAACCUUCACUCACAACAAGCUUCCUGUUUGCAUCAAUAAUACUUGCGCUAUUUUUGGCCAAAUAUCUAGGGCAGUCGCAAAGAAAACAAGUGCCUACUAUCUCAGGAGUAUGUUAAGAUUGAAAUGAGCAAAGCUUUUAAAGAAUAAGUAUUUUAAUGAGAAAGUUUCAAAUUGUUGGAAAGGGAAAUGCAGAUUAUUCUGUUGGUAGCUUGGAGGAAGCUCUAUUAUGCGGUGCCAUUUUCAGUCCUGCUGGGACUCAGAUCUCCAUUGAAUAAUGGCGUAGAAUGAGUUAAAAACCACAGUGCUGUACAAUAAAUAAAAUGCCUUAAGUAUUCCAGAUACUCAAGUCUGUUAAGAUAUAUGAAACACUUAAGAGCUACGAGCACUUAUUUCUGUAAUACACCUUUCUCCCUGAGGAGGGGCAACAAAAUAGCAAACCUUUACUGUUGAGUCCUGCUGUUUCUGCAGUUGACAUGAGGUAAUUGUGCAGUGGAAAAAGAGUCUCUGAGACCAGAGUGCCUCAGCUGUCAAAGCCCCUUCACCCUAAAGAUACGUGUAUCUGUGCCUAUUAUUUUAACUUUCCUCCUCUGCCCAAAUAGAGAGAAGCUGCAGGUAAAAUUUUACUAAGCAACCAGACCUUUAUGCUAGAAAAAUGACAUAUUAGCAGUCUGUCCUAGAACUGAAGUGCCAUACCUAUUUAGUCUUAAUGCUCUAGAGCCUGGGUAAGGAAAAGUCAUUUACAAUGAAACAGAACUUUCUAAAUAAAGUGUCGUUGGUGUGUCUA